GUUCAUUAUUGUUCAACGGAGGCAGUCUUGCUGUGAAGGAAUAUCCGCCAAAUUUUUCAAAUAACUUUGCAUAACAGUUUUGAUAGUUUAAAAACCCAACGAUAUGAGGCUGGUAAAAAUCUAUCUGCGUUACUAUCCACCAGGAAUCGCACUAAACUAUCGAAAACGUAACAUUGAAGAAACGAAAAUGAUUGAUCUCUUCGAUCUAACUCCAAGCUGCGACCUGCAGGUGGUCACCAAGAAGAUCGCCUCCACCGAACCCCUCAUCACGCAGGACAUCUUCCCCCAGGUGAUAGAAAUCCUGGAGAAGCUCCAGAAAAAGCUCAAGGAACCGGUCAAGACCAAGUUCUACCUCUUCAAAACGCUCCAAACGCACAUUCUUCCGCUGACGAACGUGUCCUUCGACAAAUCGGGCAAGAAAUGCAUCACAGGCUCGUACGACAGAACUUGUCGCAUUUGGAACGUUGAAAGCGGUGAUGAGGAAAAGGUGCUCAAAGGUCACGAAAACGUUGUCUUUUCCGUCGCUUACAAUUAUCCCAAAUGUGAUCGCAUUCUAACCGGAUCGUUCGACAAGACGGCCAAAAUCUGGAAUCCCACCUCUGCCAACUGCCUGAACACGCUGUGGGGCCACACCGCAGAAAUUGUGGCAGCAGAGUUCAACCCGAACCAGGGCGAACAGGUCGUGACCUGCAGCAUGGACAAUACGGCACGGGUGUUCCACGCGGAAACGGCCCAGGAGGUGCAUCUGUUUGGGGAUCACCGGGCGGAGGUGAUUUCGGCACGAUUCAACAAGGAUGGCAACCUGCUGCUGACGGCUUCGUUUGACCAGACGGCCAUCGUUUGGGACAUGCGGAUGAAGGAACAUGCCGUAGUCAUCCGAGGUCACGAGGCAGAACUAAGCAAUGCGAUAUGGAACUUUCAGUGCUCGUUGAUCGCUACCAGUUCGUUGGAUAAAACGGCCAAGAUUUGGGACGUUCGGAAGCUCGACUACUGCCAGGCGGUUGCAAGCCACAAGGAUGAGGUGCUCGAUGUGGCCUUCAACUGUACCGGGUCACGGCUGGCCACCGGAAGUGCCGACUGUACCGCCAAAGUGUGGGACGUUACCGGAAACUUUGAACUGAUUACCAUAAUGGCCGGUCAUACGGACGAAGUGUCCAAGGUGACGUUUAGUCCUCCGGGAGGACUUCUCCUGACGGCUUCGGCGGACAAAACCGCUCGAAUCUGGAACUCGGCCACGGGAAUCUGUACCCAGACGCUAGCGGGUCACGACGGAGAGGUAUUUUCCUGUUCGUUCAAUUACAGUGGAGAUGCCAUCAUCACCGCGUCCAAGGACAACUCCUGCAAGAUAUGGAGAUGAUACGACUGGUUCUCGGGCCAAGCCUUUAAAACAGAGAAAGCUAAACCUAUCAAGAAGCACAGUGUGGUGUGUAGCAGCAGACAGGCUGAACACUGGACCAAAUAUAUGCUUAGAUAUUGAGCGCUCCGUUGCUCCUCGAAAACGGGACCGAUUCAUCUCAUCAAACUUAUGUUUGUAUAUUACUGCGGCAAAAAUGCAUUAAAUGGGAAUCAACACGCCAGUAGAAUAAUGAUUAUACUGAUAUAUUUUUUAUGUUGGAUGUGAUGGCUUAGCUCAACAUUGUUAGUAAAGAUAUAAAAGUGUGAUCAAGUUUUCAAUUAAGUGUUAGUGUUACUCCAAAUUACAGAGUUAUGAUAAAUGAUUAUUAUGGAUGUGUUUGCAAAAAAAUAUCACUAGAACCUUCGUAUAUGUUUGAUAUUAAACAGUUAGGUCAAAUUGAAUUUUAAAUCGUCAACCUGAUUCAAAAAAAAAAAAAAAAUUAAGGAUAUACUAUGUUAUAGAGGUUUCCUCAUUUGCAUUAAAUUAGUUUAUGAUGUUUGAUCAAAUUAUUAUGAAUAUUUUAGGGAUUAUAGUAUCAAGAAUAUAAAAAAUAGACUUCUGUGCAGUAGAUGAUAAAUAUGCCAAAACAUAAUAGGUUAUUAUAAGAUUAAUUUAUUUAUAGAAAGUUUAACUAGAAAAAUACCUCGCAAUCUAUAAAACUUAAAAUAAUAAGGCAAAUUUGAAAAUAUCAGUUUUGGAUAAAUUUCAUAAAUAAUAGACUUUGAGUUAAAAUGAAUUUCUGGCACAGUGCAAACGUAGAGUAUAAGCUGUGUUAA